CACUCCACCCCUGAAAAAGAAACCCACCCGACCCAAUCCCUCUCUUAAACCCCUUUUUGCAUGCACGCUCUUCUUCAGAUCAUUCCUCUUCAUGAAACCAAAUGAAAUUCCAGGCCAAUUCCUCAAUUACAUUUCAUCUCAAUUUCAUUUCAAUUCCAAUUUCAAUCUCAUGACACUCUCAAACAAUCCAUUAUUCUCAUGCAUUAUCACUCUUUACACUCUAAUUCUCUUAUAUUCACCGCAACCCUUCAAAUUCUUUUUAUCUCCGGUGCCGCUCAUCACCGCCGUCCUCCUCCUCUUCCUCCUCCGUCUCGGCUCGGUUCAGAGACUCCAAAGCCAAAACCCGGAUGGAAAAAAUGGUACCCAAUUGGAAUCUGUUGAAUUUGACGUACAGGAAAUAAAUUUUGUUAAACGGGUCGAAUGCCCACCCGAUUUUGAAGAUUCGUUUGUUGAAUGGAACGUGAGAGCGCCGUUGGAAAUUAUUUAUGAAUGUGAAGAAGAUGAAGAUAAUGGAUCCGAAUUGGAACGGUACCCGUCUUUGUCAAUGUACUACCCGGAAACGGACUCGGAUUCCUCCUCUGACGGUGGGUUUUCGGUGACCGGAGAAUGGGACUCGCCGGAGAAUGAGUGGUUGAUUGAAAUAGCUCUUGAUAAUAAUAAUGGUAAGAAGUAUUCGGGUUUGGGUAUGGAUUUGGAUUCGGGUUUUUGUGUUGAAGAAGAUAAUUUGAUAGAGAUUGAUUUAUCUCCGCCGGUGAGGUAUGACGAUUACAGCUGAUUAAGAUUAAUUAGGUUGAUUUGGGUUAAUUAAAGAUGAUUAGUGGUAGAUUAUCUGUUUUCUUGGAUUAUUUUUGCUUCUGGGUUUCGGGUAUUUCGUCGGGUUUUUGGAUUUUAUAAAGUUUGGAUUGACCAUUGUAUCAUACGAUUAUUAAGUACAGUACAAUUAAUUAAUCACUAAAAAUUCAAAGAUUAUUUAAAUGGGUUGACUAACACUGAAAGGUAAUAAAUUAUUGAUGAAGUC